AUGCAACUGUGGCAGAGUUCGGCCGACUUUCGGGAUGCCAGAGGAUACCAGGGCCUCAGGCAUCGUAGCGCCAUCUGCGUGGGCGGCAAGACGUCCCCAAACCUCCAUUGCGAGACGUUUGAGCGCCUGGAUUUGUUCCUGGAGCAGCACCUGCGCGUCUUCUACGUCUGGGAGCACGAGUUUGUGGAGUGGCAGAAGCUGGCGGCGGCGGGCGGGGCUCCGCCCAUCUCACGGAUACUGCGCCGACACACCAAGCGCAGCAGCAGGAAGAAGGCGGCGGCUGGGGCGAAGCUGCACGGGGCAAGCUGA